GGAAGACGAACUUAAGCACUGCCAAGACCCGCCAAGCAAAGCUUGCCUCCACCAUGCAUGCCAUGCCAUCGGCCAUCCCGCUUGAUGAUGGUGACACGCACGCACACAACACCAAACUGGGAAGUAUAUACUUGUACCUUACCUACACCUUAGUCUGCUGGCACACCCGUGAUCACUACCAACAUGUCUGCAACAUAGGACAGACGGGCCGAUGCAUCUACACCAGUCAAGCUUUGGAUACCCAAGGUAGUUCUGGUGUCUGCCAUGGCGCCCUACAUAUACCAAACCAGCAAUUUCGCCGCGAACAACUGGCUAUCUGCCCGUCCCGAUCCCAUCUCUCUCCUCCGGGGACCAUCCUCCCACGUGCAAACCCGAUCAUCUGGAGAAGGACGUGGUCUCGGCCUCUUCACCACCCGGAGCAUCCCCGCAUACAGCGAAAUUCUGCGCGAAGCCCCUCUAAUCCUGCUCGAGCCCACCGACGACCUGCCUCAACUCUACGAGCAAUUCAUCUCUCUACGCAAACCAGGCUCCGACGAAGCCCUCCAACGCCGCUAUCUCGCUUUGAGCCAUCAAGAAGUCCCUCAGCGAGAUCAGCGACUCCGGGAAAAACUUACCGAGCGGGGAUUUGAUGCUGCUACGGUCGAAGAAAUGGUCUUGGUGGCUAGUAUCAUGCAGACCAACGCUUUCAAUGUCGAUGUGGGAAAUGGCAUGGGCUGCAAUUAUCGUGCAUUGUUUCCUCAAAUUGCCAGAAUUAAUCACUCUUGCGUGCCCAAUGCACAUGUCUGUUAUUAUCCAUCGUCCACUUCUACCAUCACGGCUGCCGAAAAAACCGCUUCGAGUCUUCAUCAUCAUCAUCAUCGUCGUCGUCAAGAAGGUCGUAUGGUCGUACAUGCCCUCCGCAAUCUCCACGAAGGCGAGGAAGUGCAAAUAGCAUAUUUCAGCAUCUUGCUCUCCCGACCCGAACGACAAACUAAAGCGCAAAAAUGGGGUUUCACAUGUCGCUGUCCCGCUUGCGAGCUGCUGCCAACUCGACAUGAUAAUGCUACUGAUGAUGAUGAUGGGAAAAGUAUGCGUCGUCACGAGCAAGUGAGAACAGCAGUGGUAGAUUUCACCACCAAGAAAACUGCUCUCCUCAUGCAGCAGCAGCAGCAGCAGACGAAGAACCAUCGCACUUCUUCUUCUUCUUCUUCUGCGGUAAAACAAAUUACAAAUCUCAUCACCUUGGGCCACAAUACAAUCUCCCAAGUCCUUGACGACGAAGACGACAACGACGACAAUCAUACCGGAGGAUUUCAUCCCACCCUCCCAGAUCUUUACUCCAAUCUCAGCGAAUUACAAGCCCGAGCUCUUCUUCUUCUUCGCUCUCGAGAAAGGAAGAGCCGCCCUCAUCAACAACAUAAUGAAGAAGUAGAAAAAGAGGAUGUCAUAUCCUCUCUCCAACUCGCUGCAAUCUGGGAAGCGAAAUUAACAGGAAGAGAAAGUCCUGCGACCAAGAAGAGAUUGCUGCAGCUGGAGAAAUGUGCUGCUCGUCAAGACGCUACUACUUGCUCUCCGCGGAUAGUGGCUGGUACUGGGAUAGGCGCAUAUGCGAUUGAGUGGAUGUCUCCUUCAUGAGAACGUAUUUUUUCAUGACCUCGACAUCAUGACACUACAUGCGCUCAAAAGGACCUGCAUGAAGCACCCCAUCCUCCAUUCUCUCCCACACCUUUCUCUCGUCCUCCUCGAUGAAUGCUCUCUUGUGGACCCCGGCCGCCGCAAUCUGAGCUUUCGCGUUCUCCGUCUCGAGUGUCACGUGGAGGGAGACUACAGCACGCUUGCCGCUCCACAUGGCAUGAGGGACAUUGGUCGAGUUGUCCGAGUUGGCAUCACCAACCGCAUAGAUACCUGUUCAUUGCACAGAGUCAGCCACGCCGAGACCGCGUCGAUUUUUUUGGUUCUGUUUCAGAGACAACCUACCAGGAACGUUGGUGAUCAUGCCGGCUGACAUAUUCGCCGCAAGUUUGCCUCCAUAGAGCCACACGCCAGCAUCCGCACCCACACUGGAUUUUUGCUCGCUAGGCCAAUUGGUCACAAACGCGGCGCGUUGCACGGGCUCUCCUUCGCUAAAGUUGACUUGGAACAGGUCAUGUUCUGGCAGCGUGGCCUUGCUGGGGUCCUCGUUCAGUAGACCGGCGUCCUUGAGACGCUCCACCGAGACAAUGGUCCGGUUAUCAACAGUUAUAUUGUGGACCUUGUACCAAGUCUCGAAGCCCGGUAGCUUGCCUUCCACAAUUGCACGGUUCUCGGGUGUGUCGGUGCCAUUGGCAAAUAUAAUCACAUCCUUGUUGAGCGUCAAGGUCUCGAGGGGAGUGUUGCCCGACUUGUCAAGAGGCCCCAGGAUACCAUAUGGCUGAUCGGCGUGUUCUAAACGACCGGUUAGCCGCCAAUUGCCGCAGGAAGUCGGGCUAUGAAAGACCAGCGUCCACGUAGUUGAUUGAUGUUUGUGCUUGUUUCGGGGCGUGAAGGGGAAUCUGUUAAUGUGCA